AUGGAUCCUACUUCGGCGGAGGCCAAAGCUGCUGUUUUGGCGGUUCAUUUAGCUCGCGAAAGGAAUUGGACGAAGGUCAUCAUAGAGGGCGUUUCUUCUGUGGUUAUCUCAGCCAUAAAGGGAACGUCUGAUUCUCGAGCGGGAUAUGGAAAUAUCAUAAUGGACAUUAAACGUAUUAGCGAAGAUUUUGAAGAAUUUAGAGUCCAACACAUACUUCGAGAAGGGAACCGGGUGGCUCACGAAGUAGCAUCUCUAUCAAAGCAAGGCGACUAUCAUUUGUUCGAUCUUCCUCCUCUAAUACAUUCUGCAUUGCCCCAGAACUCCCAAAUUCUGCAGAACCCCGAUUUCGAAAUCCCUCCAUACAACAUAACAACGAAUUCUUCGACCACCCACCUCACCAAAGAAAAUCCCAUUCCGGGAUGGUCGUUCAAAGGCACCGUCUCGUACGUCACUUCGGGGGCAAACUUGUCAUUUCCAGGUAGCGGCGGGGCCCACGCAGUGCAGUUGGGUGAAAACGGCACAAUCAGUCAGACAAUCAGAGCAAGAGGUUUAAUGGAAUACGUUCUCAGCUUCAACCUCAUCCCUCAAAGCGAGGAUUGCGCGAACAAUCGUACGGCCGUGAAUGUAUCCGUUCACGGGAAGUACGAUUAUUCUCAUAGAUCGAAGGUGUUCUCUCUGGGGAGGAAUUUGAGCAUGAAUUUGUGGGGGAGCUAUGCUUUCUUCUUGGGAAGAUUGGCGGCUGAGUCUCUUAAUCUUCAUAUCACAAGUGUGAGCACUACAAAAGCUAAAGAUGCCAAUAAUAAUGUCACAUGUUGGCCGAUCGUCGAUGCGUUUACCGUCAGAAAGAACCGGUUGCCUAUGUGGGAAUAUGAAAAUAGACUAGCAAAUGGAGAUUUUGAAAUUGGACCUGCAUUCUUGAAGAAUUCGUCGGAUGGAAUUCUAUUAGACGAAGAAUAGAAAAGAUUUGACUCUCCGCUCCAAGAAUGGUCGAUUCUUGGAACCGUAAAAUACAUAGACUCCAUACACUACAAAGUCCCUCAAGGCAAAGCAGCAAUCGAACUAGUGUCCGCGGAUCUAUCCGGGAUCCAAAUAGGCCUAAACCUUGAAACCAAAUCCACAUACACUUUGAACUUCACAAUGGGAGAUGCCAACAAUUCAUGUGCAGGGGAUUUUACGGUGUACGUGCAGGUAGCGGAUAACGUACACAACUUCACGAUGAGAAGCAACGGAACUGGAUCGGCUUUCGUCAAGUCCAUAACAUUCAAAUCUGAAUUACCAUCAACGGUAGAAACUUCUAUAGCAAUUUACAGUUUCAACGAGACAAGAACGAGUUACGGCGUGCUAUGUGGGCCCGUUAUCGACAACAUAAUUCUUAAAGGCUCUAAUGGUGGGAGGAUUGAAAUGUACUAUGGGGUUUUGAUUUUUGGCCUGUUUGCUGCUUUGGUGAUGACUAUGGUGUAGUAUAGUAUUUUAAGUAUAUAUAUAGAGAGAAUCAAAUCAAACAAGCAUUAUUAUGCAGAACGAAAUGUGUCCAUCAUACAUAUAAAUUAUAUUUGUUUUGUCUGUGAUUUG